UCGAACGAUUGUUUUAUUUUGUUCUUCAAUUCAUAACAUUCCAAGAUUUUAGUGUUAUUUUCAACAAAAUGCUGCGAACAACAAGAACCCUUCUUAAUUUAUGCAAAAGUCGUUCGUAUACAACGAGCAUCUCCCAACCUGUAGCGGUGCGAAUAGUUGAGGUCGGCCCAAGAGACGGGCUGCAAAAUGAACCGACAAUCCUUCCGGCCUCGGUCAAGAUUGAACUCAUCAAUCAGCUGUCUGCAACAGGCCUUCGUACCAUCGAAGCAACCAGUUUCGUCAGCGCCAAAUGGGUACCGCAGAUGGGCGACAAUGCGGAGGUGCUGAAAGGAAUCAACAAACUUCCCGGCAUUUCGUAUCCCGUGCUAACGCCGAACCUUAAAGGAUUUCAGGCAGCGAUGGCUGCCGGGGCCGAAGAGGUAGCUGUGUUUGGCGCCGCUUCGGAAAGCUUCUCGCGCAAGAAUGUAAACUGUUCGGUGGAAGAGAGUAUUGCCCGAUUUAAGGAUGUGAUGGAUGCGGCACAAAAAGCGAAUGUAAAAGUACGCGGUUACGUUUCAACCGUAGUGGGUUGUCCCUAUGAAGGAGAAAUAAAACCCUCAGCAGUGGUUCGAGUCGUUGACAAGCUGCUGGAAAUGGGAUGUUACGAGAUUUCUCUCGGCGAUACCAUCGGCGUUGGUACGCCGGGAAGCUUUUCAAAAAUGUUGCGUGAGGUGACGAAGAUUGCACCUGUUAAUAUGCUGGCGGUGCACUGCCAUGACACCUAUGGACAGGCGCUGCCCAAUAUCCUAGCAUCGUUGGAUUUUGGAAUUGCGGUCGUAGAUUCAUCCGUUUCUGGUUUGGGCGGUUGCCCAUACGCCCGCGGUGCCUCAGGAAAUGCCGCCACGGAGGACGUCGUGUACAUGCUUCACGGGCUGGGAAUCGAAACGGGCAUUGAUUUAGGGAAACUCGUGUCAGUAGGAAAGUUUAUUUGCGAAAAGCUCCAGCGCCAGUCGGAAUCGAAGGUGAACCGAGCGAUGAGGAAGCCUAAUCCAAACGCAUGCUAGUUCUGCAGGGUGUGAAGUGCGGAAAGGAUCACCAAGAAGAAACUGUGCAUUUAUUAUUAUUAAGGCGAAAAACUGUUUUGUAAGACAAUACAGACACAAAACAAUAUAUUUUUGAUAGCAGUGUUAUUUUACAAUCCAAAUUGUUAAUUCAGAUGCAAUAAAUGGAAUUCAUUGAA